CUCCCACGUAAGUCCGAGCGCUCGCAGGCAAGGUUGUCCGGUGCUGCGAUGGCGGACCUGGCCGUGGGUUAGCUUGGGCCCGCCCCGAGUCCGCCUGCUCACUCUCCGGGCUGUCUUGAGGUUCCGAGCUGGGAGGACAUGGAGGCCCCACGGCGGCCCCUCAGCGGGACGCUGGGUCUGUUUCCCCGAGUGUUUGCCGCCGGAGCUGCGGCCGCAGAUUCGAAUUCCCAUGUGGUGGAGGAGACGUGGAAGCUGCCCAGCAGUGCGCUGGAGCCCCGUUACGCGGAGUCCGGCUGGGAUCGUCUCCGGCUGCUGUUUGCCAAAGAUGAGCAUCAGAGGAUUUCACAGGAACUUGUCUAUAUCUACAGAUCAGCUCUUUCAGCAGGCAUCAUUGGCUGGGCAUAUGGGGGAAUACCAGCUUUUAUUCAUGCCAAAAAUUGCUACAUUGAACAGAACCAAGGAGAAAUUUAUCACAACCGAUUUGACGCUGUGCAAAGUGCACAUCGUGCUGCCACUCGAGGCUUCAUUCGGUAUGGCUGGCGCUGGAGUUGGAGAACUGCGAUGUUUGUGACUGUGUUCAACACAGUGACCACAGGACUCAGUGUGUACCAAAAUAAAAAUGCCCUGAAUCAUUUUGUCAUUGCAGGAGCUGUCACAGGAAGCCUUUUCAGGAUCAACUUAGGCAUGCGAGGCCUGGUGGCUGGUGGUAUAAUUGGAGCCUUGUUGGGCCUGCCAGUUGGAGGCCUGCUCAUGGCACUCCAGAAAUGUGCUGGUGAGACGGUCCAGGAGAGAAAAAAUGAGAACAAGAAGGCCCUCCAAGAACAGAAACUGAAAGAGUGGAAAGCCAGUCUGCAAAUUACUGAACUCUUCCCUGAGGAAAUCGAAAGUAGCUUACAGGAAAAUCGAGCUGAGGAAGAUGCUAAAAAAAUUGAUGCCUUGCUAAGCCUUCCUAGGAACCCCUCCUCACCACAUAAACAUGACAAGGACUGAGGAGACCGUGGCCUUGAGACUCGUUGGCUUGCUGGAGAACUGUGUGGCAGUGCCCAUGAAUGCCCAUGCCAGGUCACAUGUGAUCAGCCUGCUGACAGACGUGCACUAGAGCCUCUGGUGGCAGGGACUGGCUCUUUAAAAAAAAAAAAAAUCAA